AUGGACCUUUAUCGAGCUACAUUCGCUGGAUCGCUAGUGCUCAAUGCACUUGCUUUCUACCAGUCGCACCGCUCACGCAAGGCGGCCGUCGUAGAGACUGCGACUACGGAAAAGAAAGACGAGCAUCAACAUGUAGAGCCGGAUCUAGAGGGCUUGAGCAAGCUGAAGAAGCGCUUCUUCCCUAUUUAUUUGCUCGUCAAUGCCGCGGACUGGCUCCAAGGGCCGUACAUAUAUCCUAUUUACAAGGAUGAGAAAGGACUCUCGGAAGAAACAGUCGCAUUCCUAUUCCUUACUGGGUUCAUCGCCGCCGGCAUCUCCGCAUCUUUCGUAGGCGCACUCGCAGACCGAUAUGGGCGCAAGACAGCAUGCUUGGGUUACUGCGCCCUUUACUCUCUGUCCUGCGCCACUCUCCUUACCAACAACAUCUACGUUCUCUUCUUCGGUCGCAUCCUCGGCGGUGUUUGCGGUACCGUCCUUUGGAGCGUCUUCGAAAGCUGGCUAGUUGCUGAGUUCAACCAUCUCAUGCUGCCCGAUGGUGAACCGCACCUCAGCGCGAUAUUCAGCACGAUGACCACGUCCAACACAUGUGUAGCCAUUGGUGCGGGUAUCUUCGCUGAGUGGGCAGUCAGGAUGGCAGGCACCGCAAAGGCGCCGUUCAUGGCCUCCAUUGCGUGCUUGAGCCUGUCCUUCCUUGCCAUCUCGAACUUCUGGGGAGAGAACUACGGUUCAAGCAGUCGGAGAGCAUCAGAGACUGAGGGGCUGCUCCAGCAGGAAGAGGCCACCCCAGCUCCUCCAGCUACUUCUGCUCUCCGGACUAUUCUACGUGAUCGCAACAUCAUGAUGCUUGCGUUGGUCUCAGGAUUCUUCGAAGGAUCUCUGUUCCUAUUUAUCUUCUUCAAGUUUCCGGCGCUGAAGCUCAGUCACAAGUUGGCGGGCUCAACAGAUGAACUGCCAUUUGGUCUCAUCUUCGCCAUCUUGAUGUGUUCGAUGAUGUUUGGUUCGCUCCUUUACAAACAUCUCUCCACAUCUGCCUCACCUGUGCCAGCACAAAAGAUGCUGACAGGCAUCCUCGCAGUCUCAUCCGCCUGCUUCUUUGUUCCUGGGCAUUUCCGGGACGAGCGCGUCACGCUAUGGUGCUUCUGCAUAUUUGAGCUGUGCUGCGGAGUUUACUACCCCGCAAUGGGCUCUUUGAAGAGCAAGCUCGUCGAGGACGGCUCAAGGGCCAGCAUUUACGGCAUUCUUCGCAUUCCGCUCAACGUUUUCGUUGUGCUUGCUUUGAGCACUACGAAAGAAGGCGAAGCGCAUCGCGACACCGUAUUUACCACGUGCAGCGUGCUCUUGGUGGCGGCUGCCAUCGUCGUUCACAAGACCCUCACAUGA